AUGGAGCGCGAAAUCGAAGUGGGUUGUUGUUCAUCUUCCGACCCGAAACUCAACCCGUGUCCAAUCUGUCUCGGUCCGGUGACCGACGAAUCUUAUCUCGACAAAUGUUUCCAUAAGUUCUGCUAUAAAUGCAUCUUGCAAUGGAUGAAAGUGGUGGCGUCCAAACACGGCGUUAUGACUACAUCGUUAAAAUGUCCCAUGUGUAAGACAGUGAACUAUUCUAUUUUGCAUGGACAUGAUGGAGUUUCCUUCCAUCGGCAUUUUGCCAAUCAGGAUCCCAAAAUUAGGGAAUUCUUCACAAAAGCUCACAAGUACAGGUUACAGGCCUACUAUUGUGAAACAGGCACAUUAGUUGAUACCUUCAAUGUACUGCGUUACUGGAAGUUGCAAAAGUAUCUUCAAGCAAGUAAGUGGAGUGACCAGUGGAUAAGAAGGGAAAUUCAAGCUUUAACUCAGGAGGAAGACGUAGAAAUCAUUGUUCAUCAUAUACUUGGCGUGAUUGACUCGUUUGUAAGGCAUGCGCCAAAAUCUCCAAAAUCUACAUUCGAGGCAGCGCAGCAAAACUUUAAGCUCGUAGUUUCUGAAGCAGCCAGACCUUUCUUAACAACAAGAACAGAGCAGUUUGUGAAUGAGUUGGAAAUGUUUCUUGCUUCAGGACUAAAUGUGGAUGCGUAUGAUAAAGCUUAUAUUAAGCAUUUGGGUUGGAAAGUUCCGGGUAUAACAGAACACCAGGAAGAAGAACCUCUUGUACAUUCAGCUGUAGUUCCAAACUUGUGCUUCCUUGAUGAGGACUUGGAUCAUGGUGAGAAAAUUCUGGGAAUGGCCGACGAAACUGAAUAUGGAGCCUUCAUGGAGAAGUUCAUACUUGAGCCACAGUCUUCUUCUCAAGAACUUCCCUUAUCUGGGUUGACUUUUGCCGUCAAAGACAUGCAAGUGUUCUUCACCCCCACAUUUGAUAUUGAUGGAUACGUGACUGGUUUCGGAAACCCGGAUUGGGCGCGGACUCAUUCUGCUGCAACAUCUACUGCACCAACUGUUUUGGCUCUUUUGGGAGCUGGUGCCACUUGUGUCGGUAAAACUGUGAUGGAUGAAAUGGCUUACAGUAUAAAUGGUGAAAAUGCGCACUAUGGAACGCCCAUGAAUCCAUGUGCAAAGGACCGGGUUCCCGGUGGAUCCUCUAGUGGUUCUGCUGUUGCAGUUGGGGCAAGGAUAGUAGAUUUUUCCUUGGGUACUGAUACUGGAGGGAGUGUGAGAGUCCCUGCUUCGUAUUGUGGAAUUUUGGGUUUCCGACCUUCGCAUGGGAUUAUUUCUACGGAAGGACUCACUCCAAUGGCACAGAGUUUUGAUACCGUAGGAUGGUUUGCUAGGGACCCCAUGAUUUUUAAGAAAGUUGGGAAAGUUCUUCUUGGACUGCCUGAUGCAAGUUCUUUGGCACCCAGCAAGAUCAUAGUUGCAGAGGACUGUUUCAAACUUCUCAGUGUGACAGGCCACUGGUUGAUCGAUAUUAUUAUGAAGUCAGCAGAGAGCUUGUAUGGAAGUCGUGCCAUACAACAUGUGAGUUUGGGGGACUAUGUGGAGGAGAAUGUUACAAGUUUGAAGAGUUUUAUGAGCCAGAAUAGUGGAGACCUACAACACAAUAUACCUUCUUUGGCAGCCCUUUCAAGUGCCAUGCGGUCACUUCAAAGGUAUGAAUUCAAGAAAAAUCAUGGCGAAUGGGUUACUGCAGUUGAUCCUAAAUUGGGUCCAGGCCUAUCAGAAAGAGUAUGGGAGGCAGUAAGAUCAACAGAUGAAAAUAUAGAUGCCUGCCACAUUGUGAAGACUGAAUUAACUGCUGCACUCACUGCUCUAUUAGAGGAUAAUGGCAUACUUGCACUGCCUACUGUACCGGGACCUCCUCCAAAACUUCAAACAGAGCCAAGCUCAUUAGAAAUAUUCCGUGCCAAAGCAUUUAGUUUGUUGUCUGUUGCAGGAGUUUCUGGCUUUUGUCAGGUAAGCAUACCUUUGGGAGUCUAUGAAGAUCUUCCCGUUGCUAUUUCUUUGAUGGCGAAAAAGGGCUCAGAUGGGCUGUUACUGGAUGUCGUGGACACCAUGUUCAGCACUCUUAAGGAGCAGUUCGAGUCUGCUACAGUUUGA